UGCCCGCCCUUCCACCCUUCAAUGACACACCCACGGCCUUCACUUUCUAUAGCAACUUAACUAGCCCUCCUUCAAUGGUGACCGACUUACCUCUGCAAGUGGACUUGCAGAUGUUCAUAACUAUUGGCAUGGGUGUCUCGCCUUGUGCACUCCCAGGUAAUGCUACGUGUCAAGGUCCCAAUGGUCUGCGACUUUCUGCCAACAUGAACGGCAAGUCAUUCGAGUUGCCCACCAAUAUGUCCAUCUUGCAAGCAUCCUUUACGGGUGCCACCGGAGUUUACACCGAAGAUUUCCCAAGCCAGCCACCGGUGACCUUCGACUACACUAACUCCACCAAACGCUUGAACCAGACACAGUUCGUGUUCACACAGAAGUCAACAAGUGUGAAGAAGAUUCCAUUUAAUUCGUCGGUGGAGAUAGUGCUACAAAACACGGCUAUUAUUGGGGAGGAGAGCCACCCAAUGCACCUCCACGGUUACGAUUUCUAUGUGAUGGCAAUGGGGUUUGGGAACUAUAACGCUUCCGUGGAUACGAAGAAGUUCAAUUAUUUUAAUCCACAAAAGCGUAACACUGUCGCCGUGCCACGUGGAGGAUGGGCUGUCAUCAGAUUCCGAGCUGACAAUCCAGGUACAUGGAUUAUACAUUGCCACCUCGAAACCCAUCUCUCGUGGGGCCUGGCUACGGUUUUGAUAGUUGAUGAAGGGCCUACCUCUUUCUACAAACUCCCUCGUCCACCUUCCGAUUAUCCUAAAUGUUAGAUACCACAUAUGAUCGUCAUCACUCAUUCAUUUUAUUAUUCUUU